AUGGAGUAAUUUUUAAAUGUAUAUAAAGAAUUGAAAAAGAUGGUCAAGAUGAGUAGUUUCUAUCAGGCUUAGAAGAAGGAGUAGAAGAGUAAUGGGAAACAGUAAAAGAUCAGUCAGAAGUCGAAGAAAAUAAAGGAGGCGCCGCUGGCUUCUAGGGAGGAGUUGAUGCAGAAGUUGAAGAAUAAGAUAGAUAGUUUGAAGGCGGACAGAACUACGAAGAAGGAUUAUGUGCCGGAGAGGAAGUAGAGAUAAUAAAAAAAGAAAUGAAUAUAUUAUAAUAUCGAAAUGGAAAAAUAAUAUAUUUGUUAAAUAAUUAAUGUAAAAAGUAGCAUUGGCUUUGUAUGAGUACAUUCAUAAGAAGUACGUAGCCAAGAUGAUCCGUAGAUCAGAUGAUUUGUAUUCACGCCAGGUACGUGAGCCAUUUGAUUGCUUAGAUAGAAUUCGACAUGGGAGAAGCAGUUAAUUUGAAGGGGAUCCCUUCAGCUGAGCUAAGCAAUGGUAUUCGCUCAUAUUUAUCCUACCCACAAAUGUUCCGUGAGUACGCUAAUAGACCUGGGAAUUGGAUUUUCAUAAUAAUUAAUAUCAUUUGUCUAUCAAUAAUCGAUUUACAUGGUGAAGACUUUUCUCUUUUUUAUUAGUUUGUAAUUCCUUUAUUAACAGGCAUUGCUGCAUUUCUCGUAAAGAUGAUUUAUUAUCAAUAUAUCAAAUACUAAUAGGAUGAACUUGUUAAUAAGAGGAAAGUGACUAUUUUUAAGAGAUUAAAAAAAGGGUGUGCUGUCAAAAAACCUAAAUAAGAAAAAGCGUUGCAGGAGGGGGAGAACAAAAAUAAUAAUCCUCCUAAAAAUGAGAUCGUUCUGCUUUCAGCCCCUCGCAAACAAGACAUGUACAAACCCAUGAUAAUAUCCUCAUUCCGAGAGGACAAGAAGAUGGUACUAUCCCCUCCGCUUCAAACGGAACAGAAAGUUCCAAUAUUCGAGACUGUGUACUGGGAUCAAGUUGAAGUCGGAGAUAUAAUAUUUUUGUAAAGGAACGAAAUUUGUCCAGCUGACAUUCUGAUUUUGGAGUCCAAUUUAGAUCAUUGUUUUGCAGACGUCACAAGUUUCAGUGGGAACACAAAUUAGAUUCAAAAGCAACCAAACAUUCUAACAGCGAUGUCAAGAGUCCAUCAAUUCAAGAACAAUUGCUUCGAAUAUCGUUUGUUGUUGAGUGGGAAGGUGAAUUACGAUCGACAAUCAAGUGACAAAUCUCUUUACUCAGGUUUUGUGAGAUUGAAGAAUGACCCUCAAGCUAUAGACAUAAAAAAGGAGAACAUCCUAUUCCGAGAGCAAUUGCUCUUGAAUUGUGAUUACAUCUACGGUUUAGUGCUGUAUGCUGGCAUGUCUUCUCGUUAUUAUUACAACCAACCAAAGAACAGAAUAAACAAUUCCUUCUUCUACACAAAGAUAGAUCGUUUCUUUUAAUUUACUCUGAUCCUCUUGAUAGUGUUGUCAUUUGCCUCUUGGAUGGCAGAAUCUCUGCGUUACAUCUCCUAUGGGAGAGGAUGGAGUCUGCAAACUUUGGCUAAAUACUUGCUGGGAUACUUGAACAUGAUUCCCUAUUAUCUGCACUCCAUCAUUGACUGUUAGACUCUCAUUUCGAUGAUCAUAAAGAGUCAUCAAUUCAAAUCCAGCACUAAAGAAGAAACCAUUAAAGACAAAGACACUCCCUUCCAAUUGCAGUCCUUCUAUUCCAGAAUCAAUGACACUCCCUUGGCUGAUUUGAGUCUUGUUGACAGUGUGAUUUUUGAUAAGACUGGCACAAUGACCAUACCCUAAUUUAAAUUGAAAAUGAUCUCAAUCAACGACCAAAUCUACAACAUCAACAGCAAAACCUUUGUGAAUAAGACCAAUUGGAAAUCCAUUCAAAAAUAGCAACAAGAUCAUUACGAAAUCCAACAGUACUUCUUAAAAGACACCCAAUCUCCUGUCAAAGUGGCAUCCUAAGUCAAGAUAUCUCCUUCUCCAAAAUAAAUGAAUGGCAGUACCAAGCGUUCUUCAAUCAAACCAAUCAAACCAGAAGAGUACAUUCCACCUUCCAAUAGUGAAACCAAUAAUAACGAUUAAGCCAAUUUUGAUCCUGAGGAGAUGGUGGAUGACCAUACCAAAUUAAAAGAAAUCCAUAAAAGCAAGCAACCCAAACUCUUCCAAGACUCCUGGGGUUCCAACACAGAUAUCGUCAAUGCCAACAACAACAAUCCCCCCAGUCAGAACAAUCAGUAGAAUUCUUCUUAAUAGAAUGAGAUCAAAAGACAGACCUUUGUUGGAGGAGUGACCAUUCGACGAAAACAAAGUAUUAAGUUGGAUAGAUCGGAUAAGUAGCAACGCAGGAUGCAACUCGAGAAGUCAAUGGUGUUCACCAAGUUUCUUUCGGAUGAAGGUGUUAAGGCAUCAUUUGAGAGAUUGAGUGAUGACCAAAAGAAUCUGGAUGAGAAGGAUCUCUUUAAUCGCCUGAUUGCUUCAGAGACCAAGAAGUAAACUGAAGAAGGCAUCUUUAUCUUGAUGAUCUGUCACAACACUUCCUCCUCUUUUAAUAAGACUGAGGAUCUGUUUAAACAUGAAUUCUCAUCGAAUGUGGACAAUCUGCAAUUGGACUUCAUAUCGAACUUCGAUUACAAGUUUAUUUGUGCAGCCAAAAAUAAAUCGAAGUACAUCUUGGAGAUCAAUGGAAAUCUAGUUGAAGUCCCAGUGACUGUCACACAAUUGGAACAUUAUAAAAUCAGUGUUAUAAUUUCGAGGUAAGAUUAUACACGAUUCUUUGAAGAUGUAGACUUGGCUUAUGAAUAUGUUUAAUUUAUUAGAGAUGACAGUCAAGAAAUGAGUGAGCAAAUCCUCAUGGACAAAGAGGAGAGAGACAAAUGGGAUGCUAUGAUCUACAGGAUGCAUCAGAAUGGUUGCAGACCAGUGAUAUUCUUCAAAUCCUUCUUGGAUGCAAAUCAACACACCUUGUUUCUCAAAAACCCGAUUCAAGAGUUGAAAACCCAACCCAGAGCCUACGAAUUGUGUUUGGUUAUUGGCAUAAGGGAGAAACUCAGAAAAUCCAUCACUACAGUAAUCAAGAACUUUUUAGCAGCAGACAUGAUUAUUUGGAUAGCCAGUGGUGACACCUUGGACAAAGUAUUACCCAUCGCCUAUAAGACUGAAAUCCUUAAGGAUCUCAUUCCUAUUAUACACUUUGAUCAACAGGAAGUCAAUCUACAAAUCAAAUAAUAAAUCUAAUGGUUAUAUAAUAAUCAAAUUAAGCAUUUAAAAGAGGACUCCAUCAGUGUGGAAAAAAGACAAUCAGAACGAAUGGUGUUGAGUCCCAAUCAAAAGAGAAGGUCCAUUCAUUCCAAUGCCAGAAGACAGAGCACUAAAGGGUUGUUGCCUGGAUUGCCAACUACCCAAUAGAAGAUUAAGCCAUUUUCAAUCCUUAUUCAUGGGGAAACCUUGGAGAAGAUAUCGUAGGACAAUUCUUUAUUUAACCAUCUUGCUUUCAUCAUUGCCUUCUCCACUUCUGUAGUAGGAUACAGAAUGACUAAAUCCUAGAAGGCUAUUCUGGGGAGAAUCUUACAGGAGAAGUAAGUGUGGAGAAGAAAGAUUCUAGUGAUCGGAGAUGAAAUCAAUGAUAGUCAGUUGAUGGCCUAUUCGGAUUUCGCAAUUCAGUUACAAAGUGAAAGACAACUACAAAAGGCAACCAUAGAGAAGAUGGAACAAUUACAGAGAGGCAAAAAGGAUCAAAAGAGCUCCAGAAUGUAAUUGACUAGUGGCAAGAACCUCAGCACCAUCAUAAGUAUUGAUUACAUUUAAAUUAGAACAUUCGUACAAGAUAAUCCCUUUUAUUGGAAUGGCAGACAUCGUAGUGAAAGACUGUAAAAAUCUCAUCAGUUUGGUUUUAAAUGAAAGUAGGUAAUCUGCUGAAUUACUAGAGAAUAUUAUCACAUUCUCCUUUUAUAGAAGUUACCUCCUAUGUUUCACUCUAUUUUUCUAGAUCUUAUUCACUGGAAUAACAUUCUACCCUCCUCUAGAUUUCUUUUAGAGUUUACUUUAUAUAAUUCCUUGCUUUUCAAUGUUCCUUUAGCGUAUAACUUAGAAAUAGGAGAAAGUGAGCAGCAUGAAGAAUUAGUUGGUCUUUUUCUAUAAUCAGAACCAGUUGGAUUUCAGACAAAUGAGAUAUUGGUUGUUCUUCUACAAGGUGAUUUUGUAUUCGGCAUUUGAAGCCCUCAUCAUUUCGGUGACUCUCCAGAACAUGGAUUUGAAGAGCAACUAAGGAUUCAGCUUUGACGAAUAGAUGAAAUCGAUUCAAUAGUUUGUGAUCAUACUGCUAUUGGAUUUGACUAAACUGCUUACUAAUGCCAACAUCUAUUAAUUUAUCAUUUUGCCUAUUGCCUACUUCGGAUUAUGCACUGUCGGUUAUUUAGACUACUUCGACUAUUAAUAUGGGGAAUUAUUCUAGUUCGUACUAUCUUUGCAAUCUAUUCUCUUUAUCAUAGCAAUCUAGUUGAUGUUCUUUUGUUUCUAGAAGAUCCUGACUCAGUUCCACUCCAUUUACAUGCACAAUCACAUAUAUUCACCCGAGGAUCAAAUAGAAAUUAACAAUAAAAUCAAGCCAAUCCAGAUUUACAACUAAAAGAGGAAGAACGAAAACAUAGUGAUAAACAUCUAGAAGUACGUGUUGAAGUUAUUCAAAAACGAAGAAGAAAUCGACCCUAUAAUAAAGCAAGUGCUCUCUGGGAUCGUCUUGAGUGUGAAGACUACCAAGAUUAACAAAAUCACACAGACCUUCAAGAACAUGCAAUUGGAAAUUAAGUAUCAACUGAACGAAUUGCCCUCCAUCAUUGAAUAUUAUCGACUCUACUAUCCACUGAGUUGGAUGUUGGUGGAAGGAGCCAUCUUGGUCUAAAUUUGGUUGAUAAACACUGACGUAGAUUAUACAUGGUUCCUGUACUUCACCUUCGGAUACAAUGCAGCUCAGGUAUUGAUGGCCUUGUUCAUCUACACUGUUGCCUUUAAGAAGUAUCAUUUCAGAAUCAGCAAAAUAUUGAUUACUUGCAGAUUGAUCUAUAAGAUCAUCUAUGAUGCCUACUUCUAUCAGGAUAACAACAAUGAACUGACAGACAUGUUGAUUAUGCAGUUGUUCAUGUUGCAACCCCUUAUUGAUGACAGGCCCUUGACAAUCAUCUUUUAUUGUUUUGUAGUGAAUAUCAGUUUCAUCAUCAGAUUCAGUGCCAACAACACCACAACUGAUGAGAAUUUCAAUAAUUACAUCAUGUUGAAUUACUAUCUCAUUGCCUUGAUGCAGACAGCCUUGUCCAGUGGAAUGCAUCUUAGAAUCCAGAGGAACUCCAGGGAGGAAUUCAUUCAGAUGUUGACUCUGGAUCAACAAACCAAUUCCAUUAGUGACACCCUGAGCAUUUUGAUGCCCAGAUUCAUUAGAAACAUGAUCAAUCAAAAGGGAGAAUUCGACAUUUAAGAGAAUCAAGGAGAAGUGGCAAUUCUAUUUUGUGACAUCUGCCAAUUUGAUAAAAUUAUUAAGACGGAGAAGGAAAAUGUGAUCCAUCUGUUGGAUAUCCUCUUUAGACAAUAUGAUUCCCUAUGCAGUUAAUAUGGAUUAUAGAAGAUUGAAACAGUCGGUAAAACAUACAUGGCAGCAGCAGGACUCAAAAACAUAGCCACUCAAAGCAAUGUCAACCCAGUUCUCAGGACAAUUCAAGUGGCAUUCGAAAUGAGGAGAUUUGCUCAGCAACAAAACUUUGGUACAUCUGAGGAGAUCAUCGUAAAGAUUGGUGUUCAUUACGGGAAUGUUAUUGCUGGAGUCAUUGGAUAUCACAAACCUUAAUUCUCAUUGAUUGGAGAUACUGUUAAUACAACUUCUAGGGUUUGUUCAACUGGUCAAGAUGGUUAGAUUAAAAUAUCGGAGGAGGCCUAUGGAUUAGUGAGUGGAUCACAGGAUUUCCUUUUUACACAGGAUAUUGUCGAUGCUAAGGGGAAGGGAUCAAUUGUCACUUACAUCCUAUCUGAAUAAUAGAUGACAAAGAAUUUGAGAAAUAAGAAUAAGUCUUCAAAACAGAAUACUAACAAUUACCCUUCGAAUUCUGUAACUGCCAUUGACAACCCUGCCAAAUUUAACAGAGACAAAAAAGUUAAGAGAAAACCAACUCUAGUUUUGCCUCAUUUGAAAAACAAUACAAAAUUGCAACACAAAUCUAGUUUGAAUGUGGAUGCUCAUCAGCAGUAGCAAUCACACGGUGAUAGUGAUCAUGCAAAUCAUGUUGGAUAGAAGUUCUCUGUUGAAGGUGCCAAUUUGAUUGAAGCAAUAGAGAUUAAAUUGGGGAAGGAGAAUUUAUUGGUUGAUGAAAACUUUGACUUUCUAAGUGGAGAGAUCGAGAAGGAGAAACUAAAAUAAUUAAAUCAAAACGAAGACGAAUUCAAGGAAUAGGAUGUUCUUAUUCUAGAUAAGAAGAAAUUAUUCCUAGAUUUCCAUCCAGAUGUAGAUCGUUAACACAUCGAAGACUUUUAUAAAGAGUUGACUAAGAAGAAUGCAUUGUUGGUGAUAUUAUUGAAAGCUGGAGUGGCAACAUUACUAUUAGUCUAAAAUACCUCUACGAUUCUAAUUUCUUAGAUCUUUGAAAACUAGUACACGUGGUUUAUUAAUCUGAGUUUCGGGUAUCUUAUUGUUACAAUCAAGUUGGGGUUUCUAAUUCUUUUGUUAAGGAAGCAAUACAGAGACAGAGUAUUCAAAGAAACUUACUUUAUUUACAGCUACAUCAUAACCAUGGUUUGGUGGAUCAUACACAUAUUCUCAUACUAGAGUUUUAUUGUUGGAGAAAUAUGCAUUGCUGUCGGAGUAUUCUUGUCCUUCAUGACAUAACUCAAUCCAAUCAUCAAAAUGAAGUACAAGGUCAUUGAAAGCAUUUCAAUGAUCUCAGUCAAUUUGAUUGUUGUGCUAGUAAAGAAUUGGGAGAAGAGUCUAAUUUAUUAUGCUAUCAUUCUAUAAUUGAUUUUCAUUUCUAAUCAAAUUUACAAAUUCAAUAAGAAUGUUCAAAUGUAUAACAACAAAUGCAAACUCAAAGCAAAACAUUAACAACUGGAUUAAUUGGUAAAGCAUCAACUGCCAAGACACAUGUUAGAACAAUUUCUGAAGUUCCAAUAACAAAGGGCUGUUUUGAAGGACAGUUAUGAUAAUGUUACAUUACUUUUUGCAGAUAUCGCAGGGUUCACUGAGUAUUCAAGUAGAGUACCGCCAGAAUAGGUGGUAUUUAUGUUGAGAAAUCUAUUCACUGAAUUUGAUAAGUGUUGUUAGGAGAAAUCAGUCUACAAAUUGUAUACUAUCGGGGAUUGCUAUGUUGUGAUGGGAAUGUUAGAUGCGAAAGACAGGAAUAUUGCAUAGGAAGCAAAAAACACUGUAGAAUUAGGGUUUGAGAUGAUCAACAUUAUCAAGCGAGUCAGAGAUCAUAUCAACUUCUAAGGGUUGGAUAUGAGGAUAGGAAUUCACACAGGAUCCAUUAUCGGAGGAGUUUUGGGCACUGAGAUUGUCAGGUAUGACAUAUAUGGGCCCGAUGUCCUUGUGGCAAAUAAGAUGGAAUCAAAGGGAGAGAAAGGGAAGUUGUAGGUUUCAUCCAGUACGAAGGAGAUCUUGGAGUAACAUUAUUCUGAAGAAUUUAAAUUUACUUUCCACACCACAGUGGACAUACCCUCAAUCGAUAGAUCUACAGAUGGCUUCUUUGUCAAUUUCAAGUCUUAUGAUGAACCCUCGAUGGAUGUACAGGAUGAAGUUUCCGAUUGUUGACUCUGAUUAGUAGUUU